CAAGACUACGUGAUGCUGUGCGCCGUGGACGAGGCGGAGGAGAUGGUGGACGGCGGCAGGAAGGACGCGAUCGACGACCUGAAGGAAGGGGAGCUGGAGGCGUUCGUCAGCUCCCUGGGGAUCGACAAGUACGCGAAAAGCUGCCUGGUGGUGGAGGAGGAUGACGGCGGCAGCCAGGAGAAAGAGAAGCCCCCAAAGAAAGAGAAGAGCAAGAAAGAAACUAACCUUCCUUCGCUAGAGGAGAAAAAAGAUAAAAAAGUCAAGGAAAAGGCAAGCGGAGUGAAAGGCAGCAAGAAGAAGCAAGCUGCUUCUCCUGGUGACCAGGGCCAGCACCUUUCAGCAAAGAAAGAGAAGCUGGAAGAAGAUUUUGAAUUUCAUGCUAGGCAAGGGAUACUGAUCAAGCCAGGGGGCAAAUGGUAUGAUCAGGAAUACACCAGCGAGUUCUCUUCAGAGCCACAAAAUCAGGAGCUUCUGUCCAAGUAUAAGGCCUUGGCUCAAAAGCUGUAUGAACAUGAGACGGACCUGUAUAAGAAUAAAACAGAUUAUCAGAAGAGAGCCUCUUCUGCCUGGAUGAAAACUGUUGUGUCAUCGGGUACCUUGGCUGACAGGAUGGCAGCAAUGACCCUUCUCAUUCAGGACAGUGCUGUCCACAGUAUCCAGUUUGUUGAGAACUUGGUAAACCUCAUAAAGAAGAAGGGCAGCAGGCAUCAGAGCCUCAUGGCUUUGGAUACUUUCAAGGAGCUUCUCCUUUCAGAUCUCUUACCAGACAACCGAAAAUUAUGGUUUUUCUCUCAGCGACCUUUUAACAACAUAGAGAAGAUGUCAAGUGGCAACAGGGAUUCCAGGGACAGGCGGCUGAUACUGUGGUACUUUGAGCACCACCUGAAACUGCAGGUGGCAGAGUUUGUGCAAGCGUUAGAAACACUCAGUCAUGAUUCUCUGACAGCGGUGAAAUCCCGGGCGCUGGCAGUUGCCCAUGAGCUUCUCUGUAACAAGCCCGAGCAGGAGAAAGCCCUGCUUGUUCAGCUGGUAAAUAAGCUGGGAGACCCUCAGAACAAAAUUGCCACCAAAGCCUCUUACCUUUUAGAGACUUUACUUCACAAGCAUCCAAAUAUGAAGGGAGUAGUGUGCAGCGAGGUGGAGAGGCUUUUGUACCGGUCAAACAUUAACAUGAAGGCUCAGUAUUAUGCCAUCUGUUUCCUUAAUCAGAUAGUCCUCAGUCAUGAAGAAAGCGCCCUGGCCAACAAGCUGAUAGCUUUGUACUUCUGCUUUUUUCGGAACUGCAUAAAGAAAAAAGAUGUUGAAUCCAAAAUGCUCAGCGCUCUUCUCUGCGGGGUGAACAGAGCUUACCCUUACGCUGAGACUGGUGAUGAGAAGGUGAAAGAACAAAUGGACACGUUGUUUAAGGUUCUGCACCUUGUGAACUUCAGUACCAGCAUCCAGGCCCUGAUGUUACUGUUCCAAGUGAUGGACUCUCAGCAGACUGUGUCGGAUAGAUACUAUGCAGCACUGUACAAGAAGCUUCUAGAUCCUGCUUUAGCAACCUGGUCAAAGCCGUCCAUGUUUCUUAAUCUUAUCUAUAAAUCUCUGAAGGCAGAUGUGGUGUUACGGCGGGUGAAGGCCUUUGUGAAGAGGUUACUUCAAGUCACUUGUGGACAAAUGCCACCCUUCAUUUGUGGAACCCUGUACCUUCUGUCUGAGCUUCUGAAAGUAAAACCGGAGUUAAGGGUCCAGUUGCAGGAUCAUGUGGAAUUGGAUGAUGAAGAGUGCUUUAAGGAUCAAGAAGAGCCUGAAGAGGAUGAGGAAAAAUUUGUGGAUGCAGAUAAAGAAGUAGAAGGUGAAGAGAGGAACACAAUGGAAAACUCUGCUAAAACAAAUGAUUCAAAUUCAGCAGCCUCAUGGGUGCAUCAUCUGAAUUUGGGAGGCAGGAAGAGUGGAGCUUUGUAUGAUCCUAUGCACCGGAGUCCUUUAUAUUGUGGUGCUGAAAGUACAAGCCUUUGGGAACUGAAGAAGCUUUCUGAACAUUUUCAUCCAUCUGUGGCCCUAUUUGCAAAAACAAUUCUAGAAGGAAAUCACAUUCAGUACUCGGGUGACCCUUUGCAGGAUUUCACAUUAAUGAGGUUCUUGGAUCGCUUUGUGUACAGAAAUCCCAAACUCCGUAAAGGCAAAGAAAACACCAGCAGUGUGGUAAUGCAGCCGAAGAAGAAGCAGUUUAUGAAAGAUGUGCAGAAUCUUGCAGUCAACAGCAAGGAAUUCCGUGCCAAAGAUGAAAGCAAAAUCCCAGUGGAUGAAGUAUUUUUUCAUAGAUUUUAUUCUAAGUUUGAUAAGAGGAGAGAGAAACAAAGGCGUCAGGAUGAUGAAGAAAGUGUGGAAGAUGUAGAUGAUGAUGAAUUUGAAAGAGCAUUGGAUAAAUUUGAAGCUGCUGAUAAUGCCAUUGAUGUUGGCCAGGAUGACCUUGAUUUUGCAGGUAACAUAAAGAAAACCAAAGGUGGUAAGAAAGGCCAAAGAAGCGAGGGAUCCAGUGCUGAUGGGGAGGAUUCUGAUGGUGAAGAUGAAUUCAGUGAUCUGGAUGAUGAAGAAGUCUCCUUAGGAAGUAUGGAGGAAGACUUUGAAGAGGAUAUGGAUGAAGAAGGAGGUGUAUUUAUGGAUGUGUCUGAUGAUGAUAACAGCCUAGACCCGAACAGUAACAAGCAAUUGAAGUCUGUCAGUAAAAAAGGCAAGAGAAAGAAAGAUACGAAUUUUGCGGGAUCACUUGAAGGAUCCAAGAGAGGAAAGAAGAGAAAACUCCAAGAUGCCAAGAUACUGGCAUCUGCAGAGGAGUUUGGCUAUCUGCUGGAUGAAAAUGCUGGGUCUAAGUUUGACAAUAUUGGAAUGAAUGCCAUGGCCAACAGAGAUAAUGCAAAUAUCAAACAGAUCCAGUGGGAAAUAGAGCGCGACAAGUGGCUUCACAACAGGGAUGUGAAAAGCAUCAUCAAAAGGAAGAAACAGUUCAGACACAGAGGGCUGAAAAACAAGUACAAAGGCAAGAAAUCAAAAAGAUGA